AUGUGGCUGGAGACAUCGCUGGGCCGGAAUCAGGGUGAAAAUCAGCACCAUGGAGAUCGUCUUGUAAAGUCUGAAGAGCUGUUCCCCUGCCUGGAAUCGGAGGGGCCUGGCCUCUGUGACCCCAACGCAGCCGCUUUCAAGCUGCUAGGCUUGGCGUUUUCAGCCCUCACAGACAUCGCUCAAGGGUUGAACAUCGCCGUUUUCUCCACGUCGCGAACUCCCUUGAAAAUACCAGGAGCAGCGCAGGACCUGUUGUCCUCUGGCGGCCGCUUCUGA